GUGAGUGACUGGCAGAGAAGGAGCUGUAGCAGAAGCAGAGGAGACGUGGGGGGCGUGCUUGAGAAAGUAGCCCGCAAAAAGAAUGCUGUAAAGGUUGCCCAAGCAACAAAGCCCUUAUUCUAUUUAAUUCAAAUGAAUAUGAAUAAGAGAAAAGCUUGCAGUGGCAAAAUGAAUGCUGAAGACAAGGAAAAUUGGUCUUUUGAACCACAUGAAAGCACAUUGAAAACUCCUCUGAAACAGGCAGCGACCUCCAACUGGCUUUUGGCAGAGAAGCCGCCUCCUGCUUCUGGCCAUCUGACAACGCCACCCAAGCCUAAUGAAAUCUCUCCUGGAGACCCAUGGACACCGACAGCUAACCUGAAAAUGCUAAUCAGCGCAGCUAGUCCUGAGAUUAGAAAUCGAGAACAGGAAAAAAGAUUGUCAGACAGCAGAAAUGAAAUCCCUGAGGACCAUUUGUCAGGAGACGAAUAUGAAAAAUCUCAACCCAGCCGUAAAGAGAAAAGCCUAGGGUUGCUUUGUCACAAAUUUUUAGCUCGCUAUCCUAGUUAUCCCGACAUCUCUAAGAACAAUGAAAUUUGCCUUGAUGAAGUAGCAGAAGAGCUUAAUGUUGAACGCAGGCGCAUCUAUGACAUAAUGAAUGUCCUGGAAAGUCUUCACAUGGUGAGCCGACUUGCCAAAAACAGGUAUUCUUGGCAUGGGUGUCAUAAUCUUAAGAAAACACUACAGAUUUUGAAAAAAGUGGCUGAGGAGAACAACUAUAGUCAGCAAGUUGAGCUGAUUAAAAGAAGACAAUAUGAAGAAGAGCCUGAAGGGGAUGACCAGAAGAUUCAGUUGAUGGCAAAGCAUGUUAGGCCAAAUGACCAUACAGACAUCUGUUUUGUGGAACUUCCUGGGAUGGAGUUUCGAGCAGCUUCAGUAAACAGUCGUAAAGACAAGUCUUUACGGGUGAUGAGUCAGAAAUUUGUGAUGCUGUUUCUUGUUUCAACCCCCCAAGUUGUGAAUCUUGAAGUCGCUGCUAAAAUUUUGAUUGGUGAAGACCAUGUUGAGUAUUUGGAUAAAAGCAAGUUUAAAACUAAAAUUCGAAGGCUGUAUGAUAUUGCAAAUGUUCUCAGUAGCCUUGAGCUCAUCAGGAAGGUUCACGUUACAGAAGAGAAGGGUCGCAAACCAGCAUUUAAAUGGACAGGACCAGAUGUUUUUUCAGAGAUUCUAGCUGCACAGCCUGUAUCUACACCCACUGCGACUGCUUCAUCUCAUCCUGCGGAAAGGAAGUCUUCCAAAGAGCAUUGUUCCAAGAACCUCUUCCCUACGAGAAGCAAGCAAGGCUUCAUACGGCACCCAUCUUUAAUGAAAUUGGCAAAGGGUGCGCAAAGCAAUCAGAGGAAAAUUAGAUCUGCUCCAAGCAGCCCCGUCAAGAAAAAUGCAAGUCAAAUUCCACCAAGCUUUCCAAGCAAGAUGGCUCAACUUGCAACAAUAUGCAAACAGCAGCUGGAUGAACAGUCAAGGGAUUUCAAGAAGAGAAGAAUGAAAUUGGAACAUUCUACUUUGCCAUCCCCUCUAGGUCUGCCACCCAAAACUCGUUUGAAGCCUAAACCAUUCUUGUUACCUUCUCAGGCUGAGAUCCUACCUCUGAUCCACAACUCGGUACCUCCAGCAAUGCUACCUCUCCAUCCCAAUGUGCCCUAUGCAUUAUAUCUGCACCCUUCCCAAACACAGCUAGUGACAGCAUACAAUCCAAGUUUCACGGUGCGGCCUGUCCACUGUGCUAAUGUGGCUGGAAGUAAGUCUCCCAUGGAGCCCAGUUCCCAAAUAGCCCCCGGUAAAAUAUUUAUUGAAGACAGUGGCAGCAAUGGAGAAGGAAGUGCUUCCUGUGCUAAAGGUAAAGGCCAGGACCUCUGGCUGGCGAAGGAGCAAGAAGGUACAAAGGAUGACGUGGUGCCUGAGAUACAUUUUAAGAGACGUAGAAUGGAGGGCAGUCCAAUGAAAAAAUGUGUGAGUGAAGAAGCGGCGCUGCAUGAUGUGCUACUGGGAGUAUCUGCUGAGAGCAAAAAAUCCCGAUGUCCCAUAGCUUCGCAUCUUGACCAGGAAACCUUAACUUCAUCAGCUGUGAAACAAAGUAAAUCUGAAAAAACAGAUCAAGACUUGGAGGGUCAACCAAAGCAGCAGAGGCAACGGGAACUUUUGGAACCCGACAGCGUCACCACAAUGCAGGAGAUGCCCGCAACAUUUGCAAUCGCUACACACAAGACUUGGUUUCCUUCAGGAUACCUUAUACCUCUUCCUCACUGUACCAAGCUUGGUAAUGAGACCAUUUUUUCUAACAAGGAGAAAGCUGAGAUGUGUGCAGCAGAACAGAAGUCUUAUAGUUCUCCUAUUGCUGGUGGUAUUCCAGUGACGUCUGAAUUUACUGCCGUUAAUUUCCCUGCUUUUCAUAUAGCACCUGUGAACCUAAAGCUACCCGCAUCUUCUGUAGCUACUGUCUCCGUGGUGAAUGGCACUGCUGUGACUUCAGACCAGGCUGACUCGAUCCAAGCCCCAAGCGCUUCAGUUAUGAACUUUACACUACAACACUUGGGACUGAUUCCAGCCAAUCUACAAAUGUCUGCAAAUCAAGUACUUAGGUCUGGCCCAGUUUGUCAAGGAGCAGAACAUGCUAGUUUGGUUUCAGAAAGUGUAGGCUUCAAACAGGAGAAAGCAAUACAGAAUGUUUUACCACCGUACGGUCAUGAGAUAAAUGGUAAAUCAGUUUCAGCAGCUUCUUUACAGCAGGCCACUGUUCCUGUUACGUCCAGCAUUCUGGAUAAUUGCCAUGACUUCCAAGCAUCAUGCGAGUCAGCUGUAGUUCCUGAGUUUUAUUCAUCCUUUCAUGAAUCAGAUAGAAUAUCUCAAGCAACACUGGCAAUUCCACAAAGAGAACAUGGUGUUUCAACAGAAGAUAAAUUUUGAGUUGGUAUAAAAUAUUGUUGAACUCUUUCCCCAAACAGAUAUGAUUGAAACACUUAUUUCUGGUAUUAUAAAUGUGUACUCUGGAAAUAAUACUUGAUCAUAAUGAUGACUUCUUCAUGCUUGAAUAUAUAUA